AGGAGUACACAAGGCUCUGCAUUUUGGGUCCCUGUGACAUCCCUGGAAGGGUCAUCCUGACACCACCCCUGCCGGAGACGUGAUCGUGGUACAGUCCAGAGAAUUCCAGGUUAAGGCUUUGGGGGAAUCAGUGUUUGCAGGAGCCAGUCUGGAGUUUGAUGUGCCCCGAGCAAGGUCUGACCUCCCCCAGGCAACUCAAGGCAGGGGAGGUAAAUCUCUGACCUGUGCCCAGAAGGAAGAGAAGAGGAACUGACACACAGGAGCUUCCAAAACAGGGAGCUAUGCCUUCAUCAGUGCAACUCUUCAGAGAUCAGAAGUACCACGAGCUGAAAGAGCAGUGUAUCCAGCAGAGACGGCUCUUCGAAGAUCCUGAGUUUCCAGCCUCAGAUGGAUCCCUCUUCUAUCAGUCAGCACCACCAAGGAAAGUUGAAUGGAAGCGCCCAAAGGACCUCUGUGAAGACCCCCAUCUGUUUGUGAAUGGAAUCAGCUCCCAUGACUUACACCAGGGCACCCUGGGGAACUGCUGGUUUGUGGCUGCCUGUUCCUGCCUGGCUCUGAGGAAACGCCUCUGGCAGCAGGUGAUUCCAGACUUCAGCGAACAGGAAUGGGACCCUAAAAACCCGGAGAAAUAUGCUGGGAUUUUCCGUUUCCGCUUCUGGUGCUUCGGAGAAUGGACAGAGGUGGUGGUUGAUGAUCUGCUGCCAACAGUGGAUGGGAGGUUGAUCUACUGCCAUUCCAAUGUGAAAAAUGAGUUCUGGAGCGCAUUGCUGGAGAAAGCCUAUGCAAAGUUGGCUGGAUCCUAUGAAGCCCUUGAUGGAGGCAGUGCUGCAGAUGCCAUUGUGGAUUUCACUGGAGCAGUGGCAGAAUCUAUUGAUUUGGUACAGGGCAAAUAUGGAGAGAUCAUUUCUGAGCAGAUGAAGCUGUUUGAAGACUUGAUGAAAGUGCAUAGAAGAGGCGGGUUGAUCAGCUGCUCCAUUGCGGUGUCCUCUGGCCGUGCCAGUGAGGUGGAGACAGAGAUGGGGCUCGUUGUUGGCCAUGCCUACUCGGUGACCGCGAUUCGGAAGCUGCGCCUCGGAGAAAGGCUCGUGUUCUCUUUUAAGGCAGAGAAGCUGUUCAUGAUCAGGCUGAGGAAUCCCUGGGGGAAAAGAGAAUGGAACGGUGCUUGGAGCGACAAUUCUGAGGAGUGGAAGAAAGUCAGCGAUUCAGAACGCAAGAGCUUAGGGCUCGUUCUGGAGAAUGAUGGAGAGUUCUGGAUGACAUUUGAGGACUGGUGUAAGAAUUUCACAGACGUGGACAUCUGCCGGAUUGUGAAUACCUCCUACUUCAGCAUCCACAAGACCUGGGAGAAGAAAAUGAUGCAUGGGGCUUGGACAAAAAAUUCAGAGCCCCUGCUAAAUCGCUCUGGUGGCUGCUUCGAUAACAGAGAGACCUUCCUUCAGAAUCCCCAGUACAUCUUUGAUGUCAAGAAGACCGAGGACAAAGUGUUGGUCUCGUUACAGCAGGAGGAUCGCCGCAAAUACAAGAGAGAAGGGAGAGGAGACAGCAUCCCAAUUGGCUUUGAAAUAUUCAAGGUGGAGGAUAACAGGAGCUAUCGGCUGCACAAGCUCACCGUGCAGGAGAGAGUGGCCACGUCUCCGUACAUCAACACACGCACCGUCUUCUUGAAGAGGAUCCUUCAGCGAGGCCGCUACGUCCUUGUCCCAACCACGUUCCAUCCGGGCAUCACCACAAGGUUUAUCCUGAGGCUCUUCACGGAUGUGCCAUCAAAACUCAGGGAGCUGAAGGAAGAUAAGCCUAAAAUGACAUGUUGGAAUCUUCUUUGUGGCUAUCCACGCAGAGUCACCCAAAUCAAAGUUCACUCUGCAGAGGGUUUACAGAAGCAAGACAGAUCAGGCGGAGCCGAUCCCUACGUGCUUGUCAAGUGUGAGAACCAAAAGGUGUGCUCGCCUGUGCAGCACGACACGACCAGUCCUGUCUUCAACACACAAGUGAUUUUUUACAAGAAGAACAUUGACAGUCCUAUCACAAUCCAGGUCUGGAACAGCAACAUCCUGUGUGACCAGCUCCUGGGGCAGGCAGUGCUGGCAGCUUCCCCCAGUGACCCCCGAGAGCAGCAGACGCUGCAGCUCCGAGGGAGAGGCGGCAGGGAAGCAGCCGAGGUGCCGGGUCACAUCACCGUCAAGGUUUUCUCCAGCGAUGACCUCGCGGAGCUCUGAGCGCCAGAGCCCCGCAGAGCCAGACAGAGCUGUCACCUCGCAGCAGCGGGACUCGUCUGUGCCUGCCGGGGGCAGGGACUCGGGAGCACAGGGUGCACAUCAUCAUAAUCGCUUUAAAAGGAUAAAGCCCUCAAAACUCUCCACGUUAUCACUGAUAAUGGGGACAGAGGCUUUGAAAGAGGGGAAAAUACGUAUUUAUACAUAUACAUCUUCAUGAUACAGCACAUCCAGUAGAAGAGGGGCCAAACAAAAUGUUAGCAGAUAAGCUCAUUAAAAUGUGAACAUCUUCCAAGCAGCAUCCCUCAGGAGCAUUCAGCACAUAAGCUGGAAGACCAUGUGACUGUCCUCACAGGUUCUCAGCACAUCCUCAUCUAUUCCCAGCAGUAGGACUGGAUGCAGGUAGGAAUGGCUCCAGCUCCAUGGGCAUCUACCAGCAGGCUGGGGGAGUGGCAAGCACAAGGUGGAUUCGCAUCACCCAGUCCUUAUUUAAUGCCAGCCUGGAUCUGGGAGGGAGAAUUUUUUUUUUUCCCCAUAGAAGG